CAGUCUAUCAUGGAAAAUUACAGAAAUCCAGUGUUCUCAAGUGUUCUUGAACCAUUUGAAGAGGUACAAUACUCUCACUAAGAGGACCAAGUCGUCAGGUCAGACUGACCGGCUUACGGUUCUCUUUGUUCUUCCGUGUUACGAGAUCGCUAAUUUCUUUUUCCCUUGUACUACCAGAGUCAAGGCGCCGGCGUGUUUGACCGUCUAGUUGCAACAAACCCUCAUGAAGAGCUGAUGGAAGAACAAUCUCAACCACAGCGUAAACUUUCAAGAAGAUCUUCAAAAAAUACAUCAGGAAGGUCUUUAUGGAAUAGAAAAUCUACAAAGAAGACCACCGCAGCUGUCUUGGCAGCAGCUACAGCCGCUGGACCUGCACUUAAACACCUGGACCUACAAUCGUCUCAAUCUCUAGUCUCCAUGGACUUAAAACUCGCAAACGACACUUCAGACGAAGACCACGAUUUUUCUACUCUCGUCUCUCGUUCAAUAAUACCAGAUCCUUUGGGUGAACUACCAGCUUGGUUCAAGAAAGAGAACGACAUGGCUGCUGCAAACACAUCUUACAGGAUAAAAUUUCCUUUGCAUAAUCCAACAGGUCCCAAGUGGUACAAGAAUCACCACCUUAUUCCCCCUGCUCAGCUCAAUGCUGGUACCCGUCCUCCGUCUGUUUUUUCUCCCUCAUUUCCACCAAUGGCUUCUACUCUCAACGACCGUUCAGAGGACUCUAUUCGCUUGCCUGGCCCAAGCCGCACUCCCUCGGGCACCUCCCUUCAAACUCCCUCUUCCUCUCAGAUUCGUAUCCCAGAAUCAGGUGGUAAACCUCGUAGCAGAAAAACUUCACAGGAUAACGCCGAUUUGCUCGACGCCUCUGACCCCUGGGGUACUCACUGGCAUCACCAGUCCCCGUACGACACAGGCACAAAUAUAAGUCCGGUCUCAGUUGACCCCCCCGAGGCUCGCUCUCGUUCUCGUUUGUCAAGCAUGAAUACUGCACCGAUUCGUCGUAAGACAGUCACACCAUCUCCACUGUCUCAGUCUACAUCCGCACUUAACACACAAACAUCUGAACCGAACAUCACCCGUAAACUCAGCAAACGCCGAAAACCCGUGUUGGGCAACCUGUUCGGUGGACAGGAUUCGUUACAAGUGCCGGAUACAUCUGCGCGUCGUCACUCCGCUCUCCCCACCUCCGUGCCUAAUGUAUCCACUGUAGCUCUAUCAACGCAUUCUUCAAAGAAGGAACGACGAACAAGUGUUCUAGGUCGACUGGUGAGGAAGUUCAGCAUGUUGACCAAGUCUACUCAAGACGUGGGACCUACCAUCAGCGAACGAGCAGAGGAUGAAGGUGCUGUGCCUUCUGAGCCUCGCCGCUCCUUUUUCUCCCAACGACAGCCUUCUCCAGAGAAGCCGUCAAUGGAGAAAAAGCACUCGGAUCCAUCCAAGCGCGUACCGCCGCCACGCAUAGAUAUUGAUUUGCAGACAACGGAUGGGCUGGGUCCUUCGACAGAAUUGGAGCGCGAGAUACCCGAUCAUCGCUCGUCUAUCUCAUUGGAAGUGCCAUUUUCGCCUGGACGGUUAACGAUAGCAAACCCAGAUUCGCCGAGUUCUGGAAGGACUACUUCGAUUAGGCAAAGCCUUGCGUUACCGCCUGAGGACCUGCCUCGUAUAGAUGUUUCACCGCAACUACAGCCCGUGCAGCAACGUCACGAUAGGAACCCAAGCAGGGAGUCAGUGGUUCAUCCCAAUGGCAAGACAUCGCCUAUCAAACGCAAAAUCCCCGCGCCCGCACCAACCUCUGUUCCUGACGCGGUUCGCUCUCCUGCGAGCGUUCAGUCACUACCACCGCCAUCCAUCCAUUACCACCCCCCGUCUAUUCCCUCGUUGUCAAUGGGCGCGCCUUCCUUGUUGACCUCGCCCGUGGCACCCCCGGAGGUCAAAACAUUCCAUGCUUACUCCAUCGCCACCACCGCGAUCGUAUCAACGUUGGAUGAUUCGCCCUUGUCUAGGGCAUCAGUCCUGGUCAACCCGCCUACGCCACAUAACCCCGAUGAAUUACACCCAGACCUCCCACUUGAAUUGCCCCAAAUCGAGAGGGUACCGAGCAAGGCACCCUCGCGGGAGAACUCUCCCGUCAAGAAGGGCGACGGGGAAGUACGGGUGGCCAAGUCGAACUCCACAACGAGCCGGAAGACGGAGACGUUCAAGUUGAUGCGGAACCCGUCUGAUAAGGUUUUAUCGUCUGAUAAUACUAUCACUGCUGAGGGUGAGCGAUGGACUGUUGUCAAUUCUUCUGACGUUCCUCGCCGGAGGCGGACAAAGGAGAAGCCUGUAGAGAACAGCGAGAGGGUGGAAAGGGUAGAGAAACCAUCGUCGCGGUCUUCGAUGAAUUAUCGUGAGAGCGAGAGGGUCGAAAGGGUAGAGAAGCCAUCGUCCCGGUCUUCAACGAAUUACCGUGAGAGCGAGAGGGUCGAAAAGCCGUCGUCGCGGUCCUCGACGAAGGAUCGUGAGAGCAGCAGGAGGGAUCAGCGAAGGCAGGAUAAAACUGCUCAGGACGCUGUCGAGAACCAGGGACGUGCGGGUAGUAGUAGUCAAGGUCGAACGAAACGGACGAAACCAGAAACAGCUGACUCCAGGUCCCUCUCGGGACGUCCUUCACGAGCGCGUAGUCUUGACACCACCUCCCGUACGAGCGUUAGUCAGCCGAUGGUGUUUACGCUUCAAGGCGAGCCACCUCGUCAACGCAAGAGUGAUGACCGGCCACGCGACUCCUACCACCCAAAACCCAUCCGACCUGGUCCGAAUGCUAUUUCUGGUAUCGCACAUGUCGAACGCCUGCCCUCAAACCUAACUCGUCCAACCUCCGAACUCCCAUCUGCUGCAGAUAUCAAUGCCCUUCGCGCACGCGAGGCAUGGGAAAUGGAUCGCUUAUGGAAGGGCAGAAGCAUGAAUCACCAGGAGUCCAACGUGAUUGCCUCACCGUCCAGUCGCGAUUCACCGCAUAUCAACGGAGAGUUCAGAGUAGAUGCCUCUGGGCACGGUUCGAGUCACACGUCAUACCUUGUUCAGCCGCUCCAAGCACAUCCUAUGCCCGCAAGUGUAUUUUAUGCCAACAUGCCUUCUGCGCCUCCCCCAAUCAUCUAUACUGCCUCGUCUCCGUAUGGACAGAUACUUCAUCAGGCUUCCCACCAGUCUGUUUACCGAUCCGCCCCCAACUCUUUCAUGUUCCCUUCUACAGAGUCUCCGGCAGAUCACGCGUCUCGCCAGAACCCUCUACCCCGUCCCCCACGUGAAUCAUCCUAUCAACCCGCGCACUUGUCAACGCUUGCAGAUCGAGGUAGUGGAGCUUCCUCGGAUUAUUGGACGAACAAGUAACUUACUCACCCAUUCCCUCACAUUGAUAUACCACACCGCUCACGAUCACACAUUUCAGCGUUCAGAUACACGUACUAAUUCAUACCGCAAUUAUUAUUUUUCUUUCUUCAGUUCCCUCGGGACUUUGUGAUUAGGCGGACGUCUUUCCGACUCACUUUGUCUCGCUACUCAUUUGCUAUUGAUUUGGACUGGAGACAUUUUAUGUACCAGCUCGAUUAAUUGAGCGCAAUGCUUCGACUACUAUUUGCAAUCAUGAUUCCCCUCACUCUUUGCAAAGGA